CUCUUUACACUAUACAAAGAAAAAAAACACUUAAGCUACCAAACAAAGAAAAACAAAUAGAGAGAGAAAAAAGAAAGACAGAGAAGUGAGAAAAGAUAUGGCAGUAGAAGAGGUUGGAGACGACUACACAAAAGAUGGAACAGUUGAUCUUCGAGGCAAUCCUGUUCGAAGAUCCAUUAGAGGUCGUUGGAAAGCUUGUUCAUUCGUCGUUGUGGAUGAGGUGUUUGAACGGAUGGCUUAUUACGGAAUAUCAAGCAACCUGGUGAUUUACAUGACAACCAAACUGCACCAAGGAACGGUCAAGUCGUCGAACAAUGUGACCAAUUCGGUUGGGACUAGUUGGCUCACACCAAUCUUGGGUGCUUACGUCGCAGACGCUCAUCUUGGUCGCUACAUCACUUUCGUUAUCUCUUGUGCUAUCUAUUUCUCAGUACGUUUAUUUCUGAUUCUAUAACGAAGCAACCCACAGAAACAUACGUACACGGUACACCAUACAAAAUAAUUACUUUAUGGGACUAUACGUAUAGUUUAUUUUAAUUUGUCAUUACAAAGAUAUUAAUAUCAGUAUUUGAUGACAUCACGUUGGUCCUGUUUGUUUGUGUGUUGCUGGUUUCAGCGAUAGCCACGGGUUUCAGCGACGGACGACCAGCAAUACUGUUUGUUGUUCGUUUUCUUGUCUCUGAAUACUGUCGCUAAUCCGCGACUGUCGUUGAAAUAUGUCGUUAUGCUUUUCGCUUUUUUGUCGCUGAAUAUUGUCGCUAAAUCAACGACAGUCGCUAAAAUCUGUUGCUA